CUCUGACCUUGACUGAGACAUAAAGCCUUUUGACUUCAAGUUCCAGACAAGAGCAGAAACUUCUUCGGAAAACAGUGCAUCAACUCAUCCAACAGCUUCUUCAAAAGAUACAUCUACUCUCUGUGGUGAACCAUGGAGAAACCAGAUAUUCUGAAGAUCCUCAAUGACGAACUCCUCACAGCCUACAGGAAGAUCAAUGCUCUUAAGGAGGAGGUGUGGCAGCUGCAAGACCAGCUUCAAGACAGAGAUGAGAUCAUAAAGAUGGCGGUGGAGAAGGAGAAGGAGAAGGAGAAGGAGAAAGAGAAGGAGAAGGAGAAGAGGAAGGAGAUUGAGGCCGAGACCGAGAAGAUGAAUGAGAUCCAGGCCCUGACGGAGAAGUUUGGCAGAUAA